AUUAAUAUCCCCCUGUCCAUCUUUUCAUUCCUCCUCGUUCUUCCUCUUUACACUAACGAACAAAUUUAAGAGAAGCAAUAUCACUUCAAAACCUCAAGUCUUCCGCAUACAACCACAAUGCAAGCUCAACAUGGACACAGCGCAGCCUGCUGCAAUAUCCCACCUAUUGUAUCUAAGGGAUAUGAACAAAAGGGAACAUAUGAGACUAUUGGUGGUCUAAAAACCUACGUUACUGGCCCACCGGAUGCCACAAAGGCCAUCUUCCUUAUCUAUGACAUUUUCGGCUACUACCCCCAAACCAUUCAAGGCGCUGAUAUUCUCGCCAAUGCCGACGAACACAACAAAUACCUCGUUUUCAUGCCAGAUCUUUUUGAGGGAAACCCAGCUGAUAUUAGCUGGUAUCCACCUGAUAAUGAGGAAAAACAACAGAAGUUGAGUAAUUUCUUUCAGACGACAGGAGCUCCACCAAAGGCUGCUGGAAGAGUUCCGGAUUUAGUCAAGGCUAUGGGUGAGAAGUAUUCGUCGAUUGAGAAGUGGGCUGUCCUUGGGUUCUGCUGGGGUGGUAAAAUUGUCUCUCUCACUACCUCUGCUUCCUCCAAUCCUUUCAUGGUAGCUGCCGAGUGUCAUCCCGCUAUGGUCGAUUCUAAGGAUGCAAGCAACAUCAAGAUUCCUACUAUUAUGUUAGCAUCAAAAGAUGAAGAUGCAGAGGAGGUGAAGAAGUUUGAGGCAAAUCUCACUGGGGAGAAACAUGUCGAGACUUUCAAGGAUCAAAUUCAUGGAUGGAUGGCUGCAAGAUCAGAUCUUGAGGACGAGAGAGUCAAGAGCGAGUAUGAGCGAGGUUAUGAGACGCUCAUUGAGUUCUUCGAAAAACAUCUCAAAUAGGAGCUUUCUUUAUUUUGAGACUAUUGAACCCAUCAAGAAACUUCGCUGAGGUCUAUAGGACCAAUAAAACUAGCGGAGCAAGACUUGGAUGGUGAUUCGGUGAAUGUUUACUUAUAGUGCAGCCUUUCGUUUGCAAACAAAUAAGCAUUUUGAAAACCCUUGUGUCGUAAGCACCAGUAGAGACUGUUCGGCCUGCUACAAAAAUGUUUGUGAUCACUAAGC